GCGGCGGCGGGGUCACCAUGCCAGCGUCCCAGAGCCGGGCUCGCGCGCGGGAUCGCGGCAACGUCCUCAACCGGGCCGAGUUCCUGUCCCUCAGCCAGCCCCACAAGGGCGCCUUGGAGCUGCGCGGCGCGGGCAGGAAGGCCCGGGGCCCUCGCGCCGCCCGCUGGCGAGGCCAGUCCCAGCAGCUGCCCGAGGAGGACUGCAUGCAGCUGAACCCCUCCUUCCGGGGCAUCGCCUUCAACUCGCUGCUGGCCAUCGACAUCUGCAUGUCCAAGCGGCUGGGCGUGUGCGCCGGCCGCGCCGCGUCCUGGGCCAGCGCCCGCUCCAUGGUCAAGCUCAUCGGCAUCACGGGCCACGGCGUCCCCUGGAUCGGGGGCACCAUCCUCUGCCUGGUGAAGAGCAGCACCCUGGCCGGCCAGGAGGUGCUCAUGAACCUGCUGCUAGCCCUGCUCCUGGACAUUAUGACUGUGGCGGGCAUGCAGAAGCUGAUCAAACGGCGCGGCCCGUACGAGACGAGCCCAGGGCUCCUGGACUACCUGACCAUGGACGUGUACGCCUUCCCCGCAGGGCAUGCCAGCCGAGCUGCCAUGCUGUCCAAGUUCUUCCUGAGCCACCUGGUGCUGGCGGUGCCCCUGCGCAUCCUGCUGGUGCUGUGGGCCUUGUGCGUGGGCCUGUCGCGCGUCAUGAUCGGCCGCCACCACAUCACCGACGUCGUCUCGGGCUUCAUCAUCGGCUACUUCCAGUUCCGCCUGGUGGAGGUGGUCUGGCUGUCCUCCAACACCUGCCAGAUGCUCAUCUCCGCCUGGUGAGCCCCGCGGCCAGGACGCGGGGAGCCUGUGAGCUGGGCCGCCCUGACUCAACCUCCCCGCCAGGGCUGCUGCUUCUGCGUGGCCUUGGCAGACGAGAACAAGAUGAUGGAGGCGGCGGCGGGAGGAGGCUGAGGCCCCGGCACGUUUGUGGCUGUGUCCCUGCCGAAGCAUGCUCCCCACAAAGCGCCCCGAAGCCCGCACGCCGUGCCCUCCGCCACCUCCAACGUCUUCAGACUGAACCGGCCAGAGCAUGCCUGCCGGACGCCACCCGGCCCAGCCCGGGGCUUGGGGCCCGGGGCGCGGGGACGGGUUUGCAGUCCCAGCGCCUUUGGGAAACGCCGCACCCUCUGCCUCCACAGUGGACAUUCGUGAGGACUGAGAGCGCCAUAAGGGCUCUGACAAGUCCUGUAAAGGCCUGCUGCUCAGCCUCUGGGGUAGCUCCAUGCUUCCUAGACUCACGGAACCCCAGGAACUGCUGAUUCCUGAAACUCUGUGUGUGGGGAGGGGGACUGUGGCCCGGGGAACCCCCCCACCCUUGUCCCCCAAAGCCUGGGGCUUCAGCUGGCUGUGCCCAACACCACCAGCCCCCCACAGCCUGGAAGGAGCCAGGUGUGGGCCGUGGCUGUGGCUUUGGCCCCGCCCCCCGCCAGACUCCUGGAGACCUCAGAGGUCCAUGCGCAUCCCCCAUAUCAUGUGACAAUACAGGGGUAUGCAAA